AUGGGCGAGUGGACCAUUUUGGAACGGCUGCUGGAGGCUGCGGUGCAACAGCACUCCACCAUGAUCGGGAGGAUCCUGCUGACGGUGGUGGUGAUUUUCCGCAUCCUGAUCGUGGCCAUCGUGGGCGAGACGGUGUACGAGGACGAGCAGACCAUGUUCAUGUGUAACACGCUGCAACCCGGCUGCAACCAGGCCUGCUACGACAAGGCCUUCCCCAUCUCCCACAUCCGCUACUGGGUCUUCCAGAUCAUCCUGGUUUGCACGCCCAGCCUCUGCUUCAUCACCUACUCCGUCCACCAGUCGGCCAAGCAGCGCGACCGGCGCUACUCCUUCCUCUACCCGCUGCUGGAGAAGGAGGCCGUCUGCGAAGGGAAGAAGGUGAGGAACGUCAACGGCAUCCUGGUGCCCAACCCGGACGGCCCCUCCAAGGAGCCCGACUGCCUGGAGGUGAAGGAGAUCCCCAGCACCCCGCUCAGGCCCCCCAAGAGCGCCAAGGUCAAGCGACAGGAAGGCAUCUCGCGCUUCUACAUCAUCCAGGUGGUUUUCCGCAACGCCUUGGAGAUCGGUUUCCUGGCUGGGCAAUACUUCCUGUACGGCUUCAACGUGCCGGCCAUUUUCGAAUGCGACCGCUACCCUUGCGUGAAGGAGGUGGAGUGCUACGUGUCUCGGCCCACCGAGAAGACCGUCUUCCUGGUGUUCAUGUUCGCCGUCAGCGGCAUCUGCGUCGUCCUCAACCUGGCCGAGCUCAACCACCUGGGCUGGCGCAAGAUCAAGACGGCCAUCCGGGGGGUGCAGGCCAGGCGGAAAUCCAUCUGCGAGGUGCGGAAGAAGGACCUGUCCCCCCUGGCUCAAGUGCCUACUCUGGGGCGGACUCAGUCCAGCGAGUCCGCUUACGUCUGA